UCCACCCUCCUCUAAAGAGUUGACCUUCCAAAUCCACACUCUCCUACACUUAAAAUACAUUUAUCUCAAAGUGUCUUCAAAGUGGAAGCUUUUACACCCCAACCCAUUUCUUUCUUCCAAAGUUUGGAUUCUAAUCUCUCUGAAUAAUCCAUUUCAAGUUAGUAGUGGUGAUGAAGUUGAAGAGCAAGCUCAAGCAAGCUCUAGGAUCACUCAUGGAAAUCUCCGGGAGCAGCACCGAUAUUUUCUCCGGCAUUGAUGCAGCCAUUGCUCAUGGAACAGAUCGUACCGACACACCGGUGGAUGAUAAAUAUGUGCAUGAGAUCCUCUUCUUGGUCUCGAAUUCUCACGGUUCCAUCACCUUCUUAGCUAGACGUAUCACUCGCCGUCUCGAGACAGCCACCGAUGUUAUCCUAGCAUUGAAAACACUUCUUCUGCUUCACCGCUUGCUCCGUGGAGGCGACCGAUACUUCGAGCAAGACUUACGCAGUCUUUGGUCCUCCGGCGAGCUUCGAAUUGACUUAGGAUGGUCAUGUAACGAUUGUGAUCGCUUGAGCUCCUUCAUCAUCAGAUACUCAGAGUUGCUCAAAGAAAGGGUUCAAUGGAUUAUAAACCAGUCAGGUAAGCUUGAGCCAGUGAGACCAUUAGGUUUAGAGAUUCAAUCCUGUGAAGAGAACGCAAUAGAGUUGGUGUUGCAUAGGUUGUCUAAGUGCCAAGCUUUUCUUGAUCUAACAAUGGAGUGUUUACCUUCAAAGAUUUGGCAUUCAAGUAGAGUGACACAAGUGGCCAUGAACAUCAUCCUGAGAGAGAGUUUUUCGGUGUAUGUGUGCUUUUGUGAGUGGAUUGAUAUACUGCUGAAUUCCUUCUCAAAGCUUGAGAAACCACAGAGAGUUUUAGCAUUGGAUGUGGUUAGAAAGGCAUGCAAUCAAACUCCAAAGCUUGAUGAAUAUUAUAAGAGUUUGAGAACAAGUAUGGUAGGAAAGAGCUUGGAUUUCCCUUCAGUGAGAGUGUUCACAGCGGAGGAUGUUUCAGCAAUGGAUAUGGCUUCAAGUGAGCAAUUAAGUCCAUUUCAUUGUAAAUUGGAGACAAAGAUAAGCACAGUGUGGGUGGAGUUUGAUGAUGAUGGUGAUUCACAGAGUUCAAGCUUGUUUUCUUUUGGAGGAUUUGAGGAUCACCUUCUCACUAGCGCUGGAGAUGAUUUGAUUACUGAUCAAGGGGAGAGUUCUACUACUACUACUACCACAAUUACUGGUAGUACUAGUAAUUACAUGCAGCUGUUGUAGAUAUGUUUUUCU